AUUUUUUUCGGUUAGUAUACCACCUAUGAACGUUUUAGUACUGUAAUUCUGCUGCUCCUGUCAGUGUUGUCAUCUAUUGUAUGUAUGCAUUGAUAAAAAGCAAGAGUUAAUUUAAAGCCAUUCAUUGUACGUGUAGAUAAGACCUAUAGGAUUUUUAUUAGUUUUACCAAAAAUAGUGUUGGAUUAAUAUUUGGGGAACUCGUACUAAAACAAAGGUCUUUUGGGGAGUUCUACCCCACACAUCCCCUCCCUUAGUUGCACCACUGACUCUUUUGUUAAAUUCUGUUGGGUCCAAUGAAACUCUGUUAUAUCGGUUUAUUCCACUGUAAUUGCACAGGAUAAUUAAAUGGCUGUGUUUCUCGGAGAGAAUGGAGAACUGGCUAUGGGAAACAAGACACCAGUUACAAUCCUGCAGGAGAUUCUACAGAAGAAAGGUCUCGUACCACAUUAUGAGUUGAUAUACAAUGGUACAGGAACCCUGGAUCCUGUGUUCAAGUUUCAAGUCUCUGCUGAGGGCUUGUCAGCAAUUGGGGAUGGAAAGUCGAAGAAACAGGCUAAGCAUGAUGCAGCGGCUUCACUCCUGAAGAGAAUGCUGAAUCGGGGACCUGUUGUUGAUAAUGGCGGAGAGGAAGUGGUAGCAGAGAUCGUUGUGUCACCAUAUGAUGGAUCUGUUCAGACAAACUUUGUUGGACGUUUGGAGGAGAUUUGCGUCAUCAAUAGGAUACCAUUCCCAGUUUAUAUACAGGUAGGGGAAGAAGGGCCACCCCAUGCAAGGAUUUUCUCAAUGAAAUGUCAAUUAUCAUCUAUUUCAGAAACAGCCACUGCAAGAACUAAGAAACAGGCAAAGCAUCUUGUUGCGCAACAGAUGAUCCAAAGAGUUCAAGAGAUUUUGGGUGAGGAGUUUCUCUCUUCUGAUAAUCCUCCAGAACAGAAUGACCUAGCAGAAGGUGAGAAUAUGGAAGUUUCCCCCGAGGAACGGAACCGUUCGGCCAUUGAAAAUGGAACCUUUCGGCACAGUAUUUCAACAUUAUUAGUUGACUUACAGGACGUUUUUCACCUCAAACCUGAUGAAUUUCCACUCUCCCCAAUGUUCAUGGAGCUGCCUCAACAGCCAGAGGGAUUCUAUAAGAAGAUGGAAGAUCCCAUAGAGUUUCUCACAACAUUGGUGAACAGCCUCGGUGGAAUCAGGCGGAUAGUGGAGGUGACACAAACAGACCUCCAAGAGGCUUUAGUGGAGAUAAAUCAGUGUUGCAUGAACUGGGACACUAUUUCGGAAGAAGAAGACAACGAACUGGAUGAAGAAGAAUCUCCAAAUGAAGAAUCUGAAGAAUCCAAAAAACAAGAGAGUGAAGAGUGUUUUGAUGAAGUUAGAUUUAAACCUCCAGAAAGAUAUGACUUGAGUGAUUCAGAUAGUAAUGUACCUGAAAUAGAAAAUUUGAAAGAAGAGACUGAUGAUAAGAAAGAUUCUGAAGCUUUGAGUAAUUUAAAUUUGGAAGAUUUCAGUUUCCCUUGGUUGGUCAAUAAAAGUGGACUUCUGGCUGAAAAAGCUUGUGUAGUGCUAUUAAUAAUAGAGUGUCCCCAAGGAAAGUGGAGUUUUUAUGGUUAUGAUAAUUCGAAAGAGGAGGCUGAAUCAAGAGCUGCCAUUCGUGCCAUCUUGUUUCUCCGAUGUUUGGCCCUCCCAACAUGGAAUCCACCUGUAUUGGAGGAUUGCGAACAAUAAAACAAUUUAAAUAUUUAUGGUUUAAGCGUUAAAAAUCUAUAUUCUCUAUAGCCAAUGUAUAUUCCUCUGACUUAUUGAACAUAAAAACUAUUUAUAGUACUUUUUAAGUUUGUAAAUAGUUUAAAAUGAUUUAUUGAGUGAAGUUAGUAGAAAUAUGCUGCCAAUAAAUUAAAAAUGAAUUAUUUGUAUACGUCGGAAAAAUAUAGUCACGAGAAGGUAAUAAUUUCCUCCUUAAUAUCUCUCGGAAUUAAAUAUUUCAAAAAUUAAUUUUCUAAGAUUAAUUGUUUAAAGCAGCAAGCUGAUUGCUCAGGAGAGGAAUUUUUUGUAUAACCAUUGUUCAUUUUAUUAAUUUAAUACAACUAGAGAAUUAUAAAAAUAACAUUUCAUACAAUUACUUCAUAUAUAAACAAUUGCACGUUUGGUUGAAUAUCAUUUUAGUAUUAUGAUUAUAGUAAACAAUAGCAAAUUUAUAAAACCUAUAACAAAUCUAAUACUGUCUCUUUAAUAUUUGACUUGAUUUGUAACUGGUUAUUACACAGGUUGUAGGUUUAAUGAUAAAAUAGUAUCUACAGAAUAAAUCAUAUAAUGUAAUAAAGUUAUAUAACUAUGUUGUUCUUACAAAAUAAUCUGAUAAAGAUGACUCACCUUGAGCCUCAGUCCAUGAUCUUGAAAAUUGAACACUGUAGAUAUGAAGCCACAAUACAGUAAAAAUGUAUGCCUGGGAAAAAUAGAGAAUUAAAAUUAGAAACAUAGUUUUAAAUUGGAAAUUUUUCUGAGCUUGUCUACUAAAAACUAAGGUAUAUAUCCGUAAUCUGUUACUCUUAUAUUGAAUCUCAUAUUUUUAUAAUAAGAAGCAUUAGUUUAUAAAUAGAAUUUUAUAUUA